AUGUCGGUCUCGAUAGAAGAACUCGAUGCGACGGUGCGAGCUUUCUACGAAGGCCGUGGCGAGCAGCAGAAAAAUGCACAGGCGGCACUCAACCAGUUUCGAGAAAAUCCCGACGCAUGGCACAUGGUUGAUAAGCUUCUUGACUCGGCUCAAUAUCCGCAGACGAAGUUCUUGGGCCUGCAAGUUCUGGACAAUGUUAUCAUGACCCGCUGGAAGGUACUGCCGCGCGAGCAGUGCCUGGGCAUCCGAAACUUUGUCGUCAACUACAUCAUCCAGCAAAGCUCGACCGAGGAGAGCUUGCGUAAAGAGAGGGCUCUGUUGAACAAACUCAAUCUUGUGCUCGUCAAUAUUCUCAAGCAAGAGUGGCCUGCAAAUUGGCCGACAUUCAUCAACGAGAUAAUAUCGAGUUGUCGAAGCAGUCUGCCCAUUUGCGAAAACAACAUGGCAAUUCUGCGACUACUCUCCGAAGAGGUCUUUGACUUUUCCGCUGACCAGAUGACCAGUACCAAGACUAAGCAAUUAAAACAAAGCAUGUGCGACGAAUUCACCAGCAUCUAUAACUUAUGCUCGGAAAUUUUGCGGACAGCCGAUCAGCCCAGCUUGAUCAAGUCAACAUUAGAGACGCUUCUACGUUUUCUCAACUGGAUCCCCUUGGGCUACAUCUUCGAAACACCACCAUCAGGCGCUUCACUCAUCGAGACCCUUCGGAGCAGGUUUCUGGAGAUCCCCGAGUAUCGAAACAUCACAUUGAAGUGCUUGACAGAGAUUGCAGGCCUGCAAACGGAGCACAACUGGAACGAUAAGCUCGUGCAGAUGUUCACCGAAACCCUCACCCAAAUCUCGAGCAUCAUCCCCUUGUCGCUGGAUCUCAAGACCAUGUACGCAAAUGCUAAUGGCAGAGAUCAGGAGUUUGUUCAGAACCUGGCGCUCUUCCUCUGCAAUUUUUUCAGCAACCACCUUCAGAUUAUUGAGAAGAUCCCAAACUCGGAUUUCCUCAUUCACGGUCACUUCUACCUCAUUCGGAUCAGUCAGAUUGAUGAUCGUGAAAUCUUCAAGAUCUGCUUGGAAUACUGGACUAAGCUGGUCUGCGAGUUGUACGAUGAAAUGCAGCAAAUUCCGAUCACCGAUAUGAAUCCUCUGCUCAACAUGAACAUGGGCAUGGGUGGUCUGAACGGCGGUGGGCUAGACCGGUCAUCUCUUGCUGGUCUCCCACUUCGGAAAAACAAAUACAGCGAGGUUCUUUCCAACUUACGGCAGGUCAUGAUUGAAAAGAUGGUCCGACCGGAGGAAGUUCUGAUUGUCGAAAACGAUGAAGGAGAGAUUGUGCGCGAGUUCGUCAAGGAAUCAGACACCAUUCAGCUUUACAAGACAACACGCGAAUGUUUGGUCUUCUUGACACAUCUGGACGUCAUGGACACUGAGCAGAUCAUGUCUGAAAAAUUGGCUCGGCAGGUCGAUGGAACGGAAUGGAGCUGGGCUAACUGCAACACGCUUUGUUGGGCCAUUGGAUCCAUUUCCGGUGCCAUGAACGAAGAGACCGAAAAGAGAUUCCUCGUCACCGUUAUCAAGGACCUGCUGGGCCUGACCGAGAUGAAGCGAGGAAAAGACAACAAGGCCGUCGUGGCCUCAAACAUCAUGUACAUUGUCGGGCAAUACCCUCGAUUCCUCAAGGCCCACUGGAAAUUCCUCAAGACCGUUGUCAACAAGCUGUUUGAGUUCAUGCACGAAACGCACGAGGGUGUCCAGGACAUGGCUUGUGAUACCUUCAUCAAAAUUGCGAACAAGUGCAAGCGCCAUUUCGUCAUCGAACAGCACGGCGAGAGUGAACCAUUCAUCGACGAGAUCGUGAAGAAUAUGCGGAAAAUCACCAUCGACCUGUCUGCACAGCAAGUUCACACAUUUUACGAAGCAUGCGGUUACAUGAUCAGUGCUCAAGGUCACAAGGGUACUCAGGAGAGACUGAUCGCCGAGCUCAUGCAGUAUCCUAAUGCUGCUUGGGAUCAAAUCAUCCAGAAUGCUCACGCCGAUCCAAACAUCCUUCAGGAUGCCGAUACCAUCAAAGUCAUUGGCAACAUCAUGAAAACAAACGUUGCAGCCUGUACCAGCAUUGGCUCUUACUAUUACCCUCAAAUUGGCCGCAUUUACAUCGACAUGCUGACCAUGUACCGAGCAUCGUCCACACUCAUCGAUGAAGCUGUGAAGCAGCAGGGUAACAUUGCCACAAAGAUGCCCAAAAAGGAGAUUCUCAAACUCAUCACAACUUACGUCGACAAGGCAGAGGAUCUGCACAUGGUUCAGAAUCAGCUAGUACCUCAACUUCUCGAGGCCAUUUUGGUUGACUACAAGAGUAAUGUGCCGGAUGCGCGUGAGGCUGAAGUUUUAGCCGUGCUUACGGGACUUAUCUCGAAGCUGCAGGCUUUGAUGACCGAGCAAGUGCCCGCCAUCUUGGACAACGUCUUCGAAUGCACUUUGGACAUGAUCAACAAGGAUUUCUCCGAGUACCCAGAGCAUCGCGUCGAGUUCUUCAAACUUCUACGAGCGAUCAACCAGCGCUGCUUCCCCGCCCUGCUCAAACUUGACCAGGCUCAUUUCAAGCUAGUCAUUGACUCAUGCAUGUGGGCUUCCAAACACGACAACCGUGCGGUUGAGGGCGAAGGGCUCAACAUGUGUAACGAGCUAGUCGAGAACAUGGCCAACCAAACCGACCAAAGCACAAGCAACGCCUUCUUCUCGAACUUCUACACGACCAUCCUCCAGGACGUUUUCUUCGUCCUUACUGAUUCGGACCACAAAGCUGGAUUCAAGUACCAAGCAAUGCUGCUCGCUCGCCUGUUCUGGUUGGUUGGGAACAACAAGAUCCAGGGUCCCAUCUACACGACAGGCCAAGCACAAUCAGGCACCUCGAACGAGGCAUUCCUCCAGACUUUUGUGGCGAAUCUUUUGACCAAUGCCUUCCCCAACCUCCAACCGCAGCAGAUUGCCAACUUCAUCAAGAGCUUGUUCGCAAGCACUGAAGACCUCACGCGCUUCAAGGUGAUCCUUCGCGACUUCCUUAUCUCCCUCAAGGAAUUCAACGGCGAUAACACCGAUCUCUUCAGCGAGGAUCGCGAACAAGCGGCGCAGGACGCCAAAGAGCAGGAGCGUCAGCGAGCAAUGAAGGUCGGAGCCAUCUUGUGGCCAACAAUGUUUGUGCCCGAGUGUAAGAAAGGCGACAUUCAAGCAGGACGGGCACGGGCGUGGACGAAGUCCUAUUCGAAUAACGGUGUGGCAUCCUUGCCUUUCGCCUCUGGGAGGGUCGGCGUUUUCGUGGGUAGGCGUCAACAUCAUGUAUUUAUACCUCCAACGCUGCCAACUCGCAACUCGCAGUUCGCAAAGAGGAAGAAGCUUAAACCACCCUGUCAUAAAGUGGUGGGAAAGUGA